UACCCAGAUUGCUUUCGAUCAGAGUUUGCAAACAAAAUGGCGAUUAGUAUGAAGGAUCAAGCAGUGUUGGAAAGCAUUUUUAAUCCUCUGUUACCCUUGGGCGAUGUUGCUGCAAAGCUUCAAAAUGAAAACGAAAUAAAUGAAGAAAAUACUGAGGAUGUCAUGUCAGCUAAACAACUGGAGGCAUCUGGUGUUGAGAAAGCGGAACAAGGCGACUUGGAUGGGGCAUUGGAGUGUUUUAACCAAGCUUGCCAAAUUUGCCCUCUACGGUCUUCGUGUUUCAACAAUAGAGCUCAGCUGUGGAGGUUAAAAGGAGAUAUACCCAGUGCUCUGGAAGAUUUAGACAAAGCUAUCCAACUAGGCAAAGACAGAGGUGCUGCUGCUGCUCAGGCACACACACAGCGAGCAUUAAUUCAUAGCCUAAAUGGUAAUGAAGACAAAGCUCUCAAGGACUUUACAAAGGCUGCAGAGCUUGGCAAUGCAUUUGCAAGGUCCGUGGUAGUACAGAUGAAUCCAUAUGCUGCCAUGUGUAACAGAAUGCUUGCUGAUGCCAUCAACCAACUCAGGGGAGAACCAAUAUAAAUUUGGUAUUUGUAUUUUUGUCGUGUAAGUCACUGAAUUUUGAACUGUUGGGCAUGGAUUGAUGUAUGGAUGGAUGUCUAUUUUUCUGUUAUGUAGGGAAAGACACAUACCUUAAUCAGAAAUCCUUUACUUGAUGGUUUCUCAUUUGAUGUAUAAGGGCCUGGCUUCCAUUUUUUCUUUUUGCAAGUUUUUUUGAAAAUUCAACAUGACGCCCUGACGUGAACAUUUUCAGGUACUUGUCUUGCAUUUUCCAAUGUUUUUUUGAACUUGGGGAUUGGCCUUGUUUGGCUUUGAAGGUCAGUGAUCAGAAUCUGAAUUGGAUGCAUUCAGCAUUAGGUCAAGAGUGGAGCUUACUGAAAAGAUGCUUUGGUUGCUCAAAUUUGAGAGUAGAGACAGUCAUUACACAAGCAGCUGUGCUUUCAAUAUAGAGCUUCCCAGUAACAUACUUUGGGACAUAGGAUCAGUGAAGGUUACAUUUUGUCAAACCUUGAUGGGAUGAAUCUGUGGAUCAAAAUUUCAGUAUUCCUAUAUCUGGAAGGUAUUUUCUAACAUAGGUGAAAUUGAGUAAAAGGCAUUAAGAACAACCCCUUAUUUACUGAGUUAAGAUAUACAGUUUUAAACAUCACAAAUAUUAUUUCAAGUUCUUUGCAUCAUCAUUAUCAUCACUGUCAUUCUUUCCAUUUAGAUGGUGAAGAGUGGAACAACUUUUAAGAAGUGGGCAAGCUGUUUAGCAUUUAGGAUGUAAAGUCUGAAAAUAGAAUUGUGAGUUUGGGGGUCUUUAGAUUUUUGGGGUACCUGUUGGUUUCCAAAGCAACAGCUUUGCAAAAUUGCUUGGGGUUAUUUAAGAGUGUUAUUGUCAGCAUUAUUGUGCUAAUGAAAGUGUGGCAUUACCCUAAAUGUCUCAUUCAAUGCUAUGAUCUUAAUAUUCAAACAAGUUCUUUUAGAAUCUUUUGUAUUUGUGUUUUUUGUAAUUAUGAUGAGAUUCAGUUCAAGCAGAUUAACAAUUAUAAUAGCCUAUACACGGUAUUGACCCUUAUGACUCAGUUAAUAUUUUAAUUGACAAGUACAUCUUAUUAUGAUAAUUUAGAAGCAAAUACAUUAAUUUUAAGAGUUUCUCACUAGACUCAUGUUAGAAGAAGCCCUCAGCAAUGGCAGUGAUGGGUGUGAGCCACACUGCUCACUGGCUCGUCGCCCUCCUCUCUGCAUGGGCUUCAUUACUUGUAAGAGGUAGUCCCCUUCACCAUCAUUCUUUCAGAUGUCACGCAACAUCCCCUCUUUCUUUUUGGGGGAGUGCAGCCUGACACCCCAGAAGACGGUUGCAGAGCCGACUAACCUGAGGGCCUGCAUGCUUCUUUUUCAUCCCACUUAGGGGCUGACCAUUUAACUUUUGAGGGGGAGGGGGUGGGUGAUUUCUGGUCAUGAAGAAAUUUUUUUUCUAUCAAUCUGCUGGGCAGGAUAAUUUUUUUCGUUUUAAAUGCUCUUUCUUUCUGUUACAUUUACGCUGCAUGCAAUUUUUUUCUUCCAACAAGCGCUUGCAUGAAUUUUUUUCAAAAUCACCCACCCCCCCUCAAGAGUUAAACGGUCGGCCCCUUGCAUAUUUAUCGUCAGAAAUGAGAAAAGUUUGUCUUUAAUAGAGAGAGAUAGAGCUAAAUCCUGAGUUUUAUUGAGUGCAUUUGAUUGUGAGAUAUUGUUACACCAAAGAAAUUCUAAACAGCAACUGUCUUAGCCGAGAACUUUUUAAGAAAUUUAUUGUCCUUUUUAUUUGAGCAUUUAUUUGUCUAACGUGGAUAACAACGAAUACAAAAGAGCGAGAAAGAUUGAUAUUGCUUUAUGUUCGUUUCCUCUGGAACAAAUUGCAAAGUAAGAAUAUUUCUUUUGACUUACUGAGCCAAUAGAUAUAGGAACAUUUCUGUAAGUGUAAAAGAUCCAUCAUCGAAACUUAACACCAAUUUUUUUCUCCAACAAUCAUCAUUUUAUUAAACUUAUUAUCUUGCGAUUGGGAGGUAACGCAGUUCAAUACCCUUCAUCCAAGGAUUAAUCACAGGAAAUACAGCUACAACAGUCACAAAGUAGGUGGAGGGGAAAUCACACAAGCAGUGUAUUUUAAUACUUAAAAGUAAUUACAACGAAGUGAAGCUACUGUAGAUCGAAAGUGGAAAACUUUAUGGUAAUCCCAGGUUUACAGAAGACAAUAAAGUCAAUAAACGUACGUUUUUAAAUGUAA